GUGGGUGAUAGAGUCACAGAGAGAGAGACUGAAUAUGCGAGCAGCGGGCUGAGUGUGAGGCACAUGGCCAGUGAAUGAGAGAUCUUUGCUUCCACUCAGUGCGAGCUCCUUCUCCCGCUGUCUCCCCUCUCUGGUUGGAUUACUGCUGAGGAAGGACCUCGUCUGGAUACUCCUCCUCUUCUCCCUCUCUCCUCUACUUCCCUCCCCUCUCUGCCUCUCUACCUCUCGCUGAGGGACUCCAGCUCUCAGUCUUCCCAGAUCUCACGUCUCCUUUCUCCUUUCACCCUUCCUCUCCCCCCUGCUUCCCCCCCUUCAGGAUGUCGUGUGAGGAGGCUCAGCUCCACAAAGAGAGGCUGCAGGCCUUGGCGGAGAAGCGAAAACGACAAACUGAGAUUGAAGACAAAAGAAGCCAGCUCGAUGACCUGGUGCUACAACUACAGCAUCUCAAGUCCAAAGCCAUGCGCGAGCGAUGGCUCCUCCAGGGAAUGGGAGUGGAGGAAGAGGAGGCACGGCGGAAACAGCUGGAACAGGAUGAAGAACAGGGCAAGAGGCUGGAAGACAUAAUACAAAGGCUGGAGUCUGAAAUCGGCACACUCGAGAGUGAAGAGUCUCAGAUAUCAGCCAAAGAGCAGGUUCUACGGGAACGUCUGAAAGAGACGGAGCGCUCCAUAGAAGACCUGCAGAAGAGCCUGAUGACCCAAGAUGGAGAUGCCACCGGCUGCAUGUCCGCCCCUCUCUCGGACUGCACGGACCCCGACGCCGACCACCUCGUCCUGGCUACGCAGCCCAGGACCGGCCCACCUGCCUCCGGAGAGCACGCCAUACCAAGACCUGGCUAUGGCACACCAUCAGAGGUUACCGUGACAACAGAAAAUGGGUAUCAAGCUCCCAUUCCGGCCAGACAACCUCACACCGCCAUGAAAUCGUGGCGGGCAGCCGAGGAUGUCAGUGACACAACGCCACGAGAGCGAGCCCUGAAGAGCGUCAGUUUCCAGGAAUCGGUCAGCGUUAUCUCUGACAGGCCUGCAACCAUGGAAGUGGAGAGCCAGCAGAUCCAACAUGGCUGCCUCAGCAGCCCCAGUAACCGAGCCCACAAUGCAGUUGGUGUGAAAGUGGAGACUCCUGACAGCGAGGUGAUGCAGGAGAUCCGCUACUUGGACCAGGUUUUAGACGCCGCCUCAGAAACCCCCACCAAUGGAAACUCUUCUCCCCCAGAACACAUCAAAUCAAUCAGCAUCGACGGAAACUCUCCUUCCGUCUGCGUGUCCGCCUCCUCUCCCAUCAGCCACCAGUCGAUCGUCGUGGAGGGUCAGAGACAGACCACAUUCCUCCAUCAGGACGACUCUGCUGUGAGGACCAACGGUCACGUGCAGGCAGAGGAGUCGGCGAGCAGCAGGGCGAGGUUUGAGCUGAGAUCGUUUCACGAGGAGAAGCGGCCGGCAAAACUCUUCACCCCUGGAGAGGAGCAGCAGGUCAGGGUGACGAGGAGGCGACCCUCGGAGGAGGUUCAGGAGCUGGAGCGUGAGCGUCAGGAGCUGAUCAAAGACCAGGCAGUGAAGAAAAACCCUGGCAUCGCCCAGCGUUGGUGGAACCCUCCCCAGGAGGUUCCUUUGGAAGAACAGCUGGAUGCAGAGCAGCUUGAGUCUCUCAAGAAAUACCAGGAGAGGAAACAGCAGAAACAGGGUCAAACUUAUACAUACACACAGCCCCAGGUGUCAGGUCCUCCCACCAUGGUGACCUUCGAUCCUGAGCUAAACAGGAAGGAUGACAUUGUGGAGGAGCAGAUCGACUUCUCUUCUGCCAGGAAGCAGUUUCUCCAAGGGGGGCAAACCAAGAGGGACGUAGCUCCUCAAAUAUACUCCGCCAAACCCUUUUCGAAAUCCAGGGGCAGCCAGGGGAGCAGUGACAUUGUCGAAGAAACCGGGGAGGGUCACGUGACCUGGUCUGAUGAAGGAAUUGCGACAGAAUUCACUUGUGCACGAGCUGUAAUGACAAUCCUGCCUGAUGAGGAGGAAGGGAAGAGCCAUUUCAAUCCAGGUUUCCACCCAGAGGAGUCUGACUCAGGGUUAGACGAGUUAUCUGUCCGUUCUCAGGACACCACUGUGUUUAGCUUGGAUAACGUUUCUGACAGCGGGGCUUCGCUACCGCCUACCCCGCUGCCGCUUACCCCGGUGUCACCGCCCACCCCCCAGCCCACCACGCCAGUCAAUGGGCAGACCAGCAGCAGUCCAACGGAAGACGACCUGGAGUACCACGCAGGGGUACUUGUCCAAAAUGCUAUCCAAAAUGCCCUGGCAGCUCGGGAUGGAGGGGAGUGGCAGGCAUCUGACUUGAAUUCCUCCCAACCUAGCGCCCCUGUGUCUCCAUCCUCAGUUUCUACGAGUAGCCCAGUGCCAGUUUCUUCCUCUCCUGUGUCUUCUGGUGGAGCUCCCAGCCUCCAGUCACCAGUGUCCUCCAGUCCUGCUCCAUCCGACGUGUCGCCUCAGCCAGACAGACGACCAGAAGUAAGAGUCAUUGCCCAAGAGAAGCCUUCAGAGUCCGAACAUGCUGUGCAGCAGCAGCAGCAGCAGCAGCAGCAGCAGCAGCCCUCCAGUCCAGCACAGCAAGCACAGCUCCAGACGCCUUCUCCACCUCCUUCUCAGCCCGUCUCUCCACCCCAGAGACCCAGAGACGGAGGCCCCAGAAUCAAAAUCCAGUCCUCUUACGCCAGAGCUCUCGCCUCCUCAGCCCCGGCUCCAGCUCCUGCACCUGCACCUGUCUCUGCAGCUCCGGUUUCCAGGCCGACCCCAGUCUACCGUCCCCCUUCUCCUCCGAGCCCAGAAAAACCAGAAUUCAGCUACUUCAGCAAAUACUCCGAAGCAGCCGAACUGCGCAGCACGGCAGCAGCAGCACGAGGCCCUGAGGCGGAGGCAGCGAGCGGCCCGUUCCGCCUGCGCUCCAAGAAGCAGCGAACUUUGUCCAUGAUUGAAGAGGAGAUCCGAGCGGCUCAGCAGAGAGAGGAGGAGCUGAAGAAACAGAGGGAGGAGCAACCUGUUGUUAUCGUCCGCCCCAGCAACCCUUCAUACAACAGUCUCGGUUCUGUGAGGUCGGGGAUGCGGCAGACUAAGAUUUCCCCAGCAGAUAAGAUGAAGAGCAACAGCCUGCCAGCAAGACUCACACUGACAGCGAAGACAGCACCAGGAAAAAUCGAGAAGGUUCGACCUGCACCGCCUGUCUCACCCUCGCCUUCAGACGGAGCCUUGUCUGACGCCGGCAGCGAGGACUCUGGAGGACGGCCCAAAAACUUCAUGCAGACGCUAAUGGAAGACUAUGAAACACACAAAGUGAAGAGGAGGGAGAAGCUAGAGGACAACAGUGUUCUGGAGGCCACUCGCGUCACCAGGAGGAAAAGCGACAUGGCGCGGAAGUGGGAAGCCGGUAUCUAUGCCAACGAGGAAGGAGAGGAAGAAGAAGAAGAGGAGGAGGAGGAGGAGGAAGAGGAGGAGGAGUAGACUGCUCCUUCCAGAGACAGUUAAGGGACCGAGAGGGAAGGAGGAGGAAGAGACUGAAGGAAAAACGCAGCGAGGAUGUGGAAAGGAAACAGUAUUUAUUUCACUCAUAGUAUUCUGAUCACAUGACCCACUGGCUCGACCAAUGGGGCUCAUCGAAGAGAUGCAUCGAGUUGUGGAUUUUAGAGGAUUGAAGGCCGACAGUAUGUGAAGAGACUGAGUAUGUGAGAGACAUUUGAAGUGUUGAGGUGAUGCAAGAGACACUUUGAAAGGGUUUGAUGGUGGUUUAAGAGCGCUGCUCAGAAGUGCAUUGGGAAUUGAAGGUUUUUAAUAGUUGGUAGACGCUGAAUGACGUAAAUAUUCAUAGGAUUUUUCAUUUACCUGUUGUUGUUUUUUUAUUGAAAUAUGGGCUGAGAUCUAAAGAUUUUAUUUUGACUGGUUGCCUGAGACUUGCUGAUGAUGGUUUUGGCAGUGGGUGCUUGAUAAUAACCCCAAUAUUCAAUUCAAAAUGUGUGGAGAGGGUUGCAAACGACAAACAGGCAUAUGCAGAGUGACUAUCAAGAAACUUCUAACUGAAAGGAGUUAAAGAGAGGAGACAAAGCGAGGCCUGAUAUCUGUCAGAUUUUGAUGAUGCUGCAAUGUUUUCCAGGCACUUAAACAAAUGGGAGCAUCACCUUCAGAGCCCGUAAAGUUUAACCUUCUGCAUCUUGUAGUGCCACAACACACCACAGAUAUAACACAUGUACGGCAUGUCGGUGGGAGCUUUUGCAAUCCUUUCAAGCAUCUGCAAUAAAUCUUAAGUGCCGACUUGAGGGUCCUUGAACUGUUGAAUGCUAGCGAGGAAAUUUGAAAAACUAGCAUCGAGGUUCAACUUUGCCUUAGAUCGUCAGUGAUUGUUGGAUGCACGAUAUGUAUGAUGUAUUUUAUCUUCUCUUAUUCUGCAGUUUCAGUAGACCUUAGAGAAAAUACCACAUUAGAUAGAAAGUCUGUCUAUAAAACACUAUUCUUCAGUGACUUCAUGUCUAUUAAGUGACAGACACAUGGGAAAGAGGGAAGCUAACUGCGGGUCAUGUUUGCGUCACUUCAGUCAGAGUGUGUAUGAAAUAAAGGGCUGGGUCGAGGGCUUUUAUAUCCUAAAGUAAAUCACUUAUUUUACCUUCGCUGGCUACGUCGCUUUGUUGACCUGUGCUUUCUGAUGUAAGCAGUUGUUUCAUGUAUUAUACUGAGGUAGGAUUGUGUAUUUGAUAUAUGAACAUGUAUGUUAAGAUUCCAGUGAGGGCGACUGCCGUGUAUCUACUAUACCUUGCUAGCUGAGGAUAAAGUUUGAUGAAAAAUAUUGAAAAAGCGUUUUAUAAAAAAAAGUUGUUUUACCAAAAACAGAAUGUUGUUAUUUAGAGAACAGUCCGCCUACGCUUUUAAAAAAUCUAUUUAAGAAGUUUCUGGUUGUGUGCAUGGAAUGACACUCCUUUCCUAACCCUGACACAAGCACACAACAAGCAGAAGCUAACCGACAGUGCAAAGGCUCAUUAACAGGCCGUAACUACAGGCUCAACUUCUGCUUAUUUUGUAUGAUAAUAACGUAACAGGGGAGGUUCAUGUGUUGGGGUUGUCAGUUUUUUUACUAAAUAUAUUGUGAGCUUUGAUUUUACAGGAUGUGACUUCCUGUUUUAAAUGAACGAUGAAUGAUUUACUGCGAUACUGUGGAUUGUCCAGGUGUGGAAAGUAAAGUUCAGCUUCAAAACUAAACACAUUGAAACAGGAGUAAUCCCUGUAGCCUGUAGGAUUGUCUUUAAAGGGACAGUUCACCCUGAAAUCAAAAAUACAUAUUUUGUCCCUUACCUGUAGUGCUGUUUAUCAGUCUGGAUUGUUUUGGUGUGAGUUGCCGAGUGUUGGAGAUAUUGGCAGUAGAGAUGUCUGCCUUAUUUCCGAUAUAAUAGAACUAGAUGGAACUCGGCUUUUGGUGCUGCAAAAAACUACAUUUGAAAAACUCAACAUCAGUGUCUCUUUCCAGAAAUCAUGACCUGGUUACUCAAG